AUGUCAUCAACGAUGCAUAUGAUGCCAUCAGAGUCUGCAAGUGACAUGACAUCAAUGUUGCAUAUGAUGUCAUCCCCAUCGGCUAAUGACAAGUCAUCAAUGGUGCAUAUGACGCCAUCCCCAUCGGCUAAUGACAAAUCACCAAUGGUACAUAUGACGCCAUCCCCAUUGGCUAAUGACAAGUCAUCAAUGGUGCAUAUGAUGCCAUCCCCAUCUGCAAGUGAAAUGACAUCAAUAAUGCAUAUGAUGCCAUCACCAUCUGCAAGUGAAAUGACAUCAAUGGUGCAUAUGAUGCCAUCACAAUCUGCAAGUGAUAUGUCAUCAAUGGUGCAUAUGAUGCCAUCCCCAUCUGCGAGUGAAAUGACAUCAAUAAUGCAUAUGAUGCCAUCACAAUCUGCAAGUGAAAUGACAUCAAUGGUGCAUAUGAUGCCAUCACAAUCUGCAAGUGAUAUGUCAUCAAUGGUGCAUAUGAUGCCAACCCCAUCUGCAAGUGACAUGACAUCAAUGAUGCAUAUGAUACCACCACAGUCUGCAAGUGACAUGACGUCAAUGGUGCAUAUGUUGCCAUCCCCAUCUGCAAGCGAAAUGACAUCAAUAAUGCAUAUGAUGCCAUCACAAUCUGCAAGUGAAAUGACAUCAAUGGUGCAUAUGAUGCCAUCACAAUCUGCAAGUGAUAUGUCAUCAAUGGUGCAUAUGUUGCCAUCCCCAUCUGCAAGCGAAAUGACAUCAAUAAUGCAUAUGAUGCCAUCACAAUCUGCAAGUGAAAUGACAUCAAUGGUGCAUAUGAUGCCAUCACAAUCUGCAAGUGACAUGUCAUCAAUGGUGCAUAUGAUGCCAUCCCAAUCUGCAAGUGACAUGACAUCAAUGAUGCAUAUGAUACCAUCACAGUCUGCAAGUGACAUGACGUCAAUGAUGCAUAUGUUGCCAUCCCCAUCUGAAAGUGACAUAUCAUCAAUGGUGCAUAUGGUGCCAUCCCCAUCUGCAAGUGAAAUGACAUCAAUAAUGCAUAUGAUGCCAUCACAAUCUGCAAGUGAUAUGUCAUCAAUGGUGCAUACGAUGCCAUCGCCAUCUGUUAGCGAAAUGGCUCCAAUGGUGACUAGCAUUAUUCCAACGGUAGCACCUACGUGUUCUCCAGGAUUUACUGGAAGUGAUUGCUCCACAAGUAAGUGAUGAAUGCAUUUAGAUUUUGUUUUUAAUACAAUACCGGCGCUGGUAAACAAUGCUAACUGUUGUUGUUGUUGUUUUUUGCUGUCAUAGAUAUUAAUGACUGUGAAUACGAAAACUGCUCAGGAAAUGGAGUGUGCAUUGACAAAAUAGAUGGAUUUCUAUGUGAAUGUAGAAAUAAUUACUUUGGAGAAAAUUGUGAGAAAAGUAAGUCUCGUUAGAUGUUCAUAACGACACUUUAAACUUAGGAACCAUUUCUACUUUUGCGAAAAAGCAAAGAAAUAUCUGAUCGAAUUUAGAGAGGAAGAUUGAAGGCAAAUAAAUAUCUCUGUAUUUGUCACUUGUUUUUUUUAAAUUUAGCUCACAUUUCUUUCAUUUUAAAAUGUUUACUUGGUGUAGCCGUAUUAAAGGAUAUCAUUGAUGUUUUUAGACUUGAAGGCGAUGGUCAAUAAGCGACAUUACGUUUACUUCUUCGAAAAUUUAGCGAAAGCUUAGCAAUUAUGGGCACUGAUUUGAUUUGAAAGUAUAUAAACAAACGUAUUUGGUUAUACCAAUGAAGACAACAUAUGUCUAACACAUAAACGUAGACAUCCCAAUCCCGUCUGAAUUUAUCGCGUCUUUGUCCUUAGAAAUCAGUGCCUGUAGUCCAAACCCAUGCGGAAACGAUGGAACUUGCACAGAAGAUGGUAAAACGUUCAGAUGUACAUGCACUCCAGCGUUUGAAGGGACAACCUGCCAAUCAGGUAUGGGCUUGUCUGACAUUUCCCGUUCCAGUAAUAUAUCGUUCCAACGAAGUACUGCUAAGUAGGGAAUAACACAUGUGUCCACGUAGUAGUUAGAAAAGCGUGUUCUGACGUUUUUUUAAGUUAACCUUGAUUUUAACACAACCUCUCGCUAGUUGGUUUCUAGAUAACGAAUUUAUCAUCAAUCUCAAGAAAGGUAAAAGUGAUAUGGUGCUGUUUGGAAAAGCAAAAAUAUCAAGCGGAUUAGAUGGUAAAGAGCUAUGUAUGUACCGAGGGGCUACCCUGUAAAAAUAUUCAGUAUUAACACUAUUACUAUUAUUAUCAUCGUCAUCAUUACUAUUAUUACAAAUCGCCGAUAUAUCAUUCCAACUCAAAUAUUAUUCGAAUGUCGCCGAUAAAUCGCGACUUUCUCGAUAAUCGACGACUAACGUUUGCAUUGCUAUGCACGGUACUGUACCUGUGCCCAACAACAUGAUAUGGUGAUAACUGAUAAAUUUUGUUGAAGGAAAGCAGGCUGAAUGAAUACAGCACUUGACAAGGAAAACAGUGAAGAAUUUGAUCCGUUUUCUCGCAAGCUUUCUUAUCCCUUCUUGGACCUCGUACUCUGUUUUUGCACGCUGCUUAUGGAUGUUGUCGUCCUCAGUCCAAAAUCGACGCGUUUGACUUGUAUCGGAGUCUAAUAUGUCGUUUUCGCUGUUUCUUUUCUACUUUUUUUUAAUCGUUUCCAUAUGUUGAUAUGUUAUCGUUGAUCUUUUUUAUACAGAGAAGCCUACCCAAAAAUUUGCCGGCAGAGUGAAACUGGAUCAAGCUUAUGACGAGGAGUAUAAUGAUAUCAACUCACCAAGAUCUCGUGCCCUCAUUACAGUUUUGGACUCGAAAUUAAAAGUAUUUUUAAAAAAGGAGUUUCCAGAUUUAAUAGAUAUUAUUUACAAGAGGUUUUUCAAAGGAAGUGUUGGAGUUGACUAUGAAUUGCUAUUUCCAACAACCACAAAUGUGACUGAUAGCAACAUCGUGCAAGCUCUUAAGGAAGGUAAUGGCUCGAGCGAUCUGGGGUUUUUGAGGCUGACGGGAGAUAUAACCGUAACGAAGCAGGUCGUUCAGAUGACAGCAGCACCAACUGCAACCACAGGUAACUUACAGUGCCUUUCUAUUUUUCAUGUUGCUUUUAUGUUGUUAUGUUGUUCAGGGUAAUUUGACUUGCUUUAAAAUAUCCACUACCUUAUCCGUUUAACUAUACUAACACGAAAUGAAGAUUAUCAUAUUUCCGGCUGGAACCUCUCUUUGGGACAUCUAUACUUUUAAGGAACAUUUCCACAAUUUAUGCUGAGUAUAUUUCGUUUGAAAAGUUCGCCCUUGACUCUGUAUCUGUUCCGACGAUAGAAGGGACAGUAACAGACGGCCCGAGAUUGUCCUCUAUCUUCCUAUACCUUCCUAUACCUUCCUAUACCUUCCUAUACCUUCCAUCACAUCAACGAAAACGAGCGAAGCCAGGCCAUGAUUAGGCUGCAUGGCCGGUUCUGCUACCAGUAUGUAGGCGCAAAUGUUCAAAUCAACAAUUGCGCUUAUUCUUAUCUAUUUCUUUGAUUAUGUAUUUGGCCGGUAUGAGGCCUUUCAUGCGGUUUACCACUAACUAUGGAUUCAGGCCGUGCUUUAGAUCCGCGGUAUAGGCAUAGAACAUUCAUAUCUCAGGUCUUUGGUACAUUGUGCUUACUUGGGCAAUAACCUCCAGCCUCGAGAUAUAUGGUGAAACCACUAACUGAUAUAAUCAUCUUUCUUGUUCUGUUUACGCAACCGAUUGAUCUGCGGAGCAAGAAGCUUACCGCUAAGUCGAAAAACAAGAAAUAUGUUUCAGAGCUGAUCAACACUUUCAAGAAAUCUGAAGUCAAAGUUGAUUUCGAAAAAACCCAGCUCACGGUGGCAGAGACAAAUAGCAUCCACACUUAACAUCGUGGGCUUGUUGUGACUAAAAAAACAUUUAUCUGCAUGAUGUUUUGCGCCAUCUUCAGUUAUGAUAAGAUCUCCUGUUCUCAGGGCUCUCUCUCUCACUUCCUUUUACAGAAAAAUCGACAAUCAAGGACUGGGAGAUCGUGCUAAUCGCAGCUGCAACAAUUGUCUUUUUUCUAAUAGUGGCUAUUGGUGUUUUGGCAGUGAGUAUUCAGAUAAUUUCUUUGCAUUUUUGCGAUGCGUAUUUGAAUCAUCAAAACUACCAAUCAUGGACUUAUCUGAAAGGAUCGAAUUUGGCGUGCUCGGCGACAGAUACUCAUGCACACCCUGUUUCAAUUACAUUCAUGUAAUUGGCUGGUCUAAGUUCUUGGUGUCAAUUGUUGCUCACUCGAAAUCAAAUGAUUGAGAACUUUACUGUCGCGCCAUUUAUUUUGGUGGGGUAUGGAAGCGGCAGAAGGCAUUUGAGAGAGAAGUGGUGGGAAAAAAUUGAACUUUCUAUUCAUUUCUUGGGCGCGAAAAUUUUUAUCAUCAUUACGAUAGGUAGGUUGUAGAACAUGAUGGCGCACGGUAUGGCUCCGACAUAUUUCUAUCAUGUCAAGGACUAAAAAUUAUCUUGAAGCGUCAUCGCAACAAAGACAUUUAGGCACACAGGCUGUGUAGUUUACUGCUUAAAAGUUGCACGAGCGUUUUUUUCAUUUACUCGUCUCUAUUUGAACAGGUGAAAUACAGAAACGCUGUUCAGGGUGAAAAGAAGGAGUUGUAUGCCCUUAAUGGAGAAUGGGAAGUAAUGGAGAACGGGCAUAAUGGCUUGAGGGCUCAGCCUGGUUACAAGAGUCGUAACGGACCGCAGGUUUGUUGAGCAGUGUUUUCUUGAGAUCACAUGGAUUUCCAGGGGAACAGGGGGUGCCAUUCGUUGCUAGCAGAGUAUAAAUGAGAGAACUCAGAAAAUUGACUGCCAAUGAGAGGGGGGUGGGGGAGGAUCAUUAGAAUGCCAUAGAGCCUUAGGUAGAUUUUCUCGUAACGAGACCACAUUCCCCCUCCCAACGAUAAAAAAUAGAUGGUCUCUAAGAUAAUUAUAUUUAUUUAUCCUCGCCUAACUGAUCUUGGUUAUCUAUGUUUUACAGAGCUAUGUGUCUCCAAUGUAUGGACAAAUACCUGGAUCUGAUAACAAGGCAUAUCAGCAUGACAGUGCGUUGUAG